GCUCCUCCCCCUCGCGGGAGGCCGGGCAGGCGGCGCCGACCCCCCGCGCGUCGCACAUGGAGCGCUGGACCGAGGCGGCGGCCGCGGGCAGCGGCACUUCAGUGGCGCGCUCAGCCGGCCCCUCCCGCUCCUGUGCGCUGCUCCUCCGGGUCCGCGUGCGCGGUCACCAUGGCGUCCAGUGAGGAGGACGGCACCAACGGCGCCUCCGAGGCCAGCGACGAGAAGGAAGCCGCCGGCAAGCGGAGACGCCUAGGCUUACUGGCCACCGCCUGGCUCACCUUCUACAAUAUCGCCAUGACGGCCGGGUGGUUGGUUCUUGCUAUUGCUAUGGUACGCUUUUAUAUGGAAAAAGGAACACACAGAGGUUUAUAUAAAAGCAUUCAGAAGACACUUAAGUUUUUCCAAACAUUUGCUUUGCUUGAGGUAGUCCAUUGUCUGAUCGGAAUUGUACCCACUUCUGUGCUUGUGACUGGGGUCCAAGUGAGCUCAAGAAUCUUCAUGGUGUGGCUCAUUACUCACAGUAUAAAACCCAUCCAGAAUGAAGAGAGCGUGGUGCUUUUUCUGGUCUCCUGGACUGUGACCGAGAUCACUCGCUAUUCCUUCUACACAUUCAGUCUCCUCGACCACUUGCCGCACUUCAUUAAAUGGGCCAGAUACAAUUUGUUUAUCAUCUUAUAUCCCGUUGGAGUUGCUGGGGAACUUCUCACAAUAUACGCCGCCUUGCCUUACGUAAAGAAGUCAGGAAUGUUCUCAGUACGGCUUCCCAACAAGUACAAUGUUUCUUUUGACUACUACUAUUUUCUUCUCAUAACCAUGGCCUCCUAUAUACCGUUGUUUCCUCAGCUCUAUUUUCAUAUGUUACGUCAGAGAAGAAAGGUGCUCCACGGGGAGGUGAUCGCGGAGAAGGACGAUUAAGUGGUUCCCACACACAAGGUGCUCUUUUCAGAAAAACCGGAUUACUUGAGUCCAAGUUUUAAUAAUAAGAAUAAACGACUUCAUGAAAUACCA